AUGAACGACGGCUACAGUAGCCUGCCUCCACCCGCGGAUGACCUGGAAAAGCACAAGAAAUUCACGAGUUCGUUUUGGAACAGCUUGAAUUGAGUAGUUAUUCAUUUUAUUCAGAUGGCACGUCGUCUAAUAGAUAUUUCGAUGACAUCAUCCCGUUCGGGGAGACCGAGGUCCGAGAGGCUUUGGAGAAGGAAGUGAAGAAACAUAGGUUGGUUUUUGGAGAAAAUUUGAGCUUUGCUUGAUAAUUGCAUCGUUUUGUACUAACUAGAAGUUCUCCCUUCGAGUUAUGAAGCUUCAAAGGUCCUAAAAAUACGCAAGUUAUGGCAAAGGAGCUCUAUUUCGAAAUUUUGAAGCGUCUCAACUCAAAAACCAUACCUAUUUAAAAAUUUUUUUCUUGUUCUGCAAUCAGGAGGUCCUAAAGAAGUUUGAUGAAAAAGUUCAACCGCGGGGGGUAAAAAAACGUUUCUUGGUAAGGAGUUUAUGAGUUCACAGAAAAUCUUUUUUCUUAACUUUAAAGUCCACAGUUGCAUUUGGAAUGGUUUAGCGCUUGCUCAAAAGCGCGCCGGACUUGAAACGGCUUGCGCGCGCGACCAUUUGUAAGUUUUGUCGCCCAGCCAUUCCAAAUGCGACCAAUUAUGUACUUUGAACUUGAACUAACCCCACAGAACCGUGAGAACCAACCAAAGCUUAAGCUUAAGCAUAAGCCAAAGCUCUCUUACAGAUAUUGGAAGGGAAAAGCCGUCAAAAAGAUGAAUUUCGAACAGUUGGAGAUGUCGUCAUGCUUGCAGGUUGAAUAGAAAAGCUUAUCCAGAACAAAAAAGUGUUUAUAGUAUACUCUGGAGUCUUAUACGGAAGCGAGAUCAACUUCCGAAGUGACAGAAGCCGUCAACAUGGCGGCUUUCGCCGAUAUGGGGGGCCCUUCUUCAUCUCACGUCAACCCUUGGGAUUAUGAAGUCUUGCCGGCCCAGAUUUUUGCCGAUCAGGUGAUUUUUUGGAAGAAGAAGGGGGGCAGAUUGAACUAUUUUUAUCGCCUAGUGACGGUUUUUUAAAUUUUGGGAUUUUACUAGUAGUCCAGGAAAAGACGCUGAUUCACUCAUGGGGCCCUUUUUAAUCCGAUUUUCAAAAUUUAAAAAAAAAUCCACGAUUUCUUUCCUUGUCUGUAGAUGAUAUAUGAAUCUAAAAAAAGCUCCUAAGCUUAGAGAAAUGAUUUUGAACAAUACCUGGCUGCAUAUAACCCGAAAAUUGACGAAAAUAAAACCGUUUUUUGAAUGAAACUCACAUUUUUUGCGAAAAUUUUUAGUGGCCACUAUAGGGUUUUGACGUUUUAGUGACCACUAAAGUAGUCAAAUUAGUGGCCACUCAAGGGGUUAAAAAUUAGGGGCCACUAUAGAGGUUUAAGAGCUACUACUAACCCACUAAAAAUUUAGGUGGCCACUUUAGGGGUCAAAACAUAACUGGUCCAAUCUGUUUGUUUUAAAAUUAUCAGAGUUACUGGAAGGAAUAUUGGAUGAAAAACUACUGAAGUGGCCACUAAAUAGAGAACCUCUAGAGUGGCCACUAUAGAGGUGGGUUUAGUGGCCACUUUAGUGUCCUCUCCAAGUAGUCCUUGGCGAGCCUCCAUAGUAGCCACUGGAAAUUUUCCCAGUUACUUCAGUUUUCUUCAAAAAUAAACGUUUUGUCUCAGAAAAAUUUAUGCAGUUCAUUCAUGACGCGUCUGCAAAAUGCAAAAGCUCUCCAAAAUUUAGUUAUCUUUUUCGAUCUCUGACUGUCCUUUUGAACUCCGCGGAACAACUUUGAAAAUCAGAAAAACCCUCCGGAGCAAAAAAAAAGUUUUUCUCAGCGAGAUCUUCAUGGAACUGACCUGUAUGGUCUUUUAAAAAGCUUUUUCGAAACCAAUAAUUCGAAUUUUAUCAGGUGAGGGUACUGGAAAUGCCCGGAACGAGCAUGAUCAACCCCUGUUCGACGUGUAAUUCCGAUGGGACGACCCACUGUUUCCAUUGUCGAGGCUAUGGAACCGACAAGUGCUCUUUCUGCCGGUACAGCGUUAAGUCAUCGAAAAUCCUCACUUUUCGAUAAUUUAGCGGGACCGGAAUGAAGUCGGGGGUGGCUCAUCCGGCCGUUUAUACCCAUCCGAUGGUUGCGACCUUCCCUCACGUAGGCUUUUUUUUGAAAUCACGGAAUACAUGGAUUUUUUAGGCAGACCUUUCUCGGGGCUACGCGUCUUCCUCCACGGCCAUGGUUAGGCAAGGUACACCUUUUUUGGGGUUUUUGGGAUUUUCCAGAUAGUUUUGCCCUAAUAAACAGCCAAAGUGAUCAUUUUCAUAGGGUUCAAGAGGAAUUUUUUUGAAUUUUUCCGAGAACCCGAGAUUUUUUUACGGAGUGAAGCUUUAGCGAAAGCUCAAAAAUUGAAAAAUACUGACCCUUCUUUUCAAUUUUUCUCAUUUUCUGGGUUAAUUUUCAAAUUUGUAUGUUUUUUAAGCAAAAAUAAGAUACAUUUUUCAUUCUUGCCGAUGAUUUAGAGCUUUCAAAAAUUUGUUCAUCCAAAAAAAAAUUAUCAAAACUUCAGGCUCCAACUCUUACGGACUCGGCACUCCGAUGCAUUUCAUGUCAAAAACAGGGGUUCCGCCGCCUGGAAUCGGUUCGAAAUCACUGUUUUUCGUCUAUUUUCCCAAUUUUCCAUUAAGGAACCCACGAUCUAUGUUAUAUGUGCCAUGGAAGAGGCGUCAAAGAGUGCCAUCAUUGCAAAGGCGGCGGCAAAAAACCGUGCACGGCUUGCAACGGGACCGGAUCAGUACGCACCUACACACGGAUUAAAAUUUACUUGUGAGUUUUACCGUUCGUGUACUGGGAAUAACUAGGAAAAAAGCAAAGAAUAAAUAACUUGAGAAAAAGGAUAAUAAAAUUGCGCGUCAGGUGUAGCUUUGCCCGCAAUGCACAAAAAACUCAUCAUCACGACAUUUAGUAAAAUCGACGAAUUGAUAAAGUUUUAUUUUUAGUAAUUUUCCAUGUUUUUAAAAGAUUUUCUGUGUUUUUGCAAAGUAACAUAUUAUAAAAAGGAUAUUAACUAUUUUAGCGUAGAAAAUUUGCUAGUUGAGGCACAGAAAAAAUCUUGGUGAGAUUGAAUAGAUUUAGAAAAAAAUCAAGAAAAUGAUUCAAAAAGGAAAAAAAUUAUCAUUUCUCUCAUUUUUUCAAUAGUAUUAAACAUUGAUUGUCUAUUUUUUGAGUUUUAAAAGUCGUUUUUGCCAAAUUUAUUGUGCUGCUAUGAAACAUAGGAAAAUCAUUGUUUCAGCAAAAACGAGCGGUCAGAGUUCUUUUCCGAGUCAGAGGUGCCUCAAAAGCUGCUUUACCAUGCGACGGGAAAGGAAAUUUUUGCCGAAGAGCAGCCUUAUGUACGUUUUUUUCAAUACCUUGUGAAUUUUAUAUAAAUGUCUUUGAAUCAUUAGGUACUUCCAAUCACCAAGUAUCCGCUGAAAGAAAUCAACGACGCCAGCCGAAUGUUUUGCGCUCAACACUUGCAGAAAUGCUUGGGCGUUUGCCGAGUGAUAAAGGUUUUUUUGAAUUGAUUAUUUUUUUAGUUUUAUGAUACUUUAGUUUAGGUAAUACUUCCUUAUGCUGCCCGAAAAAAAUUUGAUUUAUUUAUUAGGUGUUUUUUUUGCAAAUUAUUGGAAAAAGAGCUUUUAUUUUUUUUGAGGAACGUAGAACGAAAAAAAAUAAAUGAAACUUUUUUGAUGGUAUUUUUUUCCUGCAAAAGAGAUUGUAUACCAAACUUGAGCAUUCUUCGCUUCAAGGCCUUUUUUUGCAAUUUUGUAGAGUUUAAGCGCAGAAAAUCUGCGUUUACGGUAGAUUUGCUUAAGCCGUGCUUUCAAAAUGUCUUCCGCAAAUAAGAAAAACUAUACAGUAUGCAAAAAAAUAAAAGGUUAAGUAGUAUUUCUAAUUAUUUUUUGCCCGAAAAUGAUGAGUUAGAAGUUAGAAAACCUUUUUUCGAAUUUAUUGUAACCAUUUUUUUCAGCAACGCCACCAGUUGACCGCGAUCCCGGUGUGCAAAGCCCACUACGUCAUGGGCAGCGAGAAAGGGUUCUUCUACGUGUACGGCACCCAGAAAAUGUGCUAUUUUCCCAAUUUCCCAUCCAAAUGCUCUAUUUUGUAA